GUUUUUAGUGAGGGCGACAAACUUAUAUAUACGCUCGAGCUGGCAUAUCGAACUGAAAACGUCAACAAUCCACGUUGCAGCCUGCCAAGAUCCGUUAGCGUCAGCCAAACAAAAUGAAUCGGAAUGGAGGCGGAAGAGGAGCAGCCUCUACAGAGGACAUGUUGGAAUCGGAAAACAACAGAUUAUCUGAAAACCUAGCGUCAAAAGUUUCAACCUUAAAAUCGCUUGCUCUGGACAUAGAGAGUGAAACAAAUGAUCAGAAUAGAUACCUCGAUGGAAUGGAUGGUGAAUUUGAUAGUACGCAUGGGUUACUUGGAGGAACCGUGAAGAGAUUUGAUCAGAUGCUGAAAUCAGGAAAACACAAUCGCAGGCUUAUGUGCUAUCUCAUACUUACUUUAUUAUUCUUAUUUGUUCUGUUCUAUAUGUUAAUAGGCCAUGUAACUGGCGGUUAAAUUCUAACUGGAGCGGUUAAAUUCAAAAUUGAAUAUAUAUUUAUUUAUAUUUUUAAUAAUUUACAUGUGAAAGAAUUUAUCAAGUUUAGAUAAUGAAUACCACCAGUUUUAAAAGCUUAGUUUACUUUAGAAACAACAGAGUAUUGUAACCACUCAAACUAAUAUAAAAUCAUACAUUUUAUUAAACACUUUGAAUUCAUUAUUCAUUUAUUUAUUGUUCAUUAUUGUCUAUCAGUAUUUUGAGUAAUCUGUAUGAUCAGUGGGUUUGUUAAUGCAACAAAUAUAAGGCAGGAUUUGUUACUAGGAUCAACAAGAAAGAUGCGUUCUCCAAGAAUUGUCUUUAAUUAUCAAAUUUGUAAUACAUGGAUUGCAUUGAAUGCGUCUAGGGCAUGUAUGUUGCAUUGUUAGAAAACCUGCACAACAUUUUGAUGUAUAUAUUUUAUGAUGUAAAUACCUUAUUACAGUUGGGCCUAAAAAAAAAGUUAUAUUAGUGUAGCAGGCCCAAAAUAUAGGGUAGGUAGGUAGGAAUUUUUUUUUUUUUACUGCCACAAUAUUUUGCAUAGACCUUGAAAUAUCUAUCUAUAAAAUCAAUUAAAUAAGUUUUUACAGCACCUAAUUGUCAUAUUUUUCGCCCUUGGACCAUUUUUGAUACAUUUUGAGUGACACCCAACAAUGCCCACUUUGCUCACGUAAACUUGUAUCGCAAAAUUUAAAUAAAAAUGGUUGUGGUAGAAUGUAGGAUAGUCCCUUAGAUACAGUAGUAUUUAUGUCAUGUUAAUAUGUUUAUAGUCAAGUUCCGUAUCACUAACCAUUUUUGUUGUGGUUAAGUUACAGCCUUUUUUUUAUUAUAAAUAAAUUCUAUAAACUGUA